ACCCACAGUCAUUCUCUCGCUCUCGCCCAUCGAUCGUUGUUCGGGAACCCCAAACGCCCAUCAGCAACAGUACAGCGUCAUCCGUUCUCUCAUUCUGCUUCUCUCCGGGGUUCUUUGAGGAAAAGAACAAUACUCAACUCUCGGCCGGGUCACACACGUCGAAGACCCCGAGUUGUCCUCGGAUGCAACAACCACGCCAGUGAUUCUACACAUCGACUAGACUCGCAUCACGAGUACAAUCAUCAAAAAGACAUUAACCGACUUUGUCUGGCCCUCGAGGGAACCUGAUCUUUGGACCGACGACAACAUCCCCUACUUUCACGGUACGCGUUCGACGCCUGGUUCGCUCAACCGGCAUCCCAACCGCUGCCGACCAUUGGCUCUGACCCUCGACUCUCGUUACUUUCAUCUUUCCCUCGACCUACCUCAACAUGAAGUUUUCUCAAGUAGCUUGGGCCUGCUUGGCCGCCGCCACCUCGGUGCAAUCCCAAGAAGCGCCAGUGAAGGUCAAGCCGUACCCUCAGGGUGCGCCUCUGCUCGACAACCAAGUAUACCAGGGUUGCUUCAGUUCCCGGGGCGAGCUACAAAAGAUCUACUCCGACAGGAACGUCAGCAAUGGAGCCUGUGCCGGUGCAUGCAAGGCGAAAUACAACGUGUACGCAAUGAACGGCGCCACUUGCUACUGUGGUAACACCUACCCAGCCGCAAAGGACCUUGUCGACCAGGACAAGUGCAACUACAACUGCCCAGGCUAUCCUUAUGAUGCCUGUGGCGGCAUCAAGGACGGAACCUUCUAUGAUGUCUUCAACUCUGGUCUCGAUGUUGUGGUUGAGAACUUUGUGCCCACAGUGACGUCGACUUCGUCGAUACCUGCCGCGACUACCACAGAAGUCUCGAACACUCCAUCUACAACGGCUGGACAAGACGCCGUGACAACUGCAAGCAGCGCCCCUGUCGAGACCGACAGUGGAGAGUCUGGGAAUGGCGGUCCUUCUAUUGGCGGCAUCAUCGCGGGUGUCGUUGUAGGCGUGGUCGCCAUGGCUGCUAUUGCUGGCGCCAUCUUCUGGUGGGUGCGUCGCAAACGCAACUCUGAGAUUGAGGAAGAACACCGCCGCAACGCCGCGGUGAACUCUUUCAUUGCCGGUGCGAAGCCCCCGAGCAGCAGUGGCGGUAUUUCCAUGACCGAUUCUCGCAUGGAUCCCGGUUUUGCUCACCGCCGGAUGAGCGACGGCAGCAUCGCCGACAACCAAGAUUAUUCGCGCAAGAUUCUUCGAGUAACCAACGCAUGAGAGAGCGCCAUGCCAGUCACGACGAACGACCUCUGCCCGUGAUCACCUCACCACAAAUACACUCAUUUCCUCGGCAUUUUAGGCGUUUCUGAUGUUUCUCUUGCUGGUUUUACUUUGGGCGGCUUGAUCGUCGAGGCGAUACGAGCACGGUGUUGAUUUGUUGUAUUUUCUCGUCUCAUCUGUCUUGUCACGGUGCAGGGAUAUCCAUCAGCUCGAGGUUUACGACGGAGGUUCAUUUGCGAGUUGGAUUUUCAUUUUCGAAAACGCACCAUCACCGCCAUCCAACCCACCCAACGGACACCGAGCAACAAUUAACGCCAUCCACUCCUUCAUUUUCCCCAGUUUACAGCUCUUAUUCUUUUUAGACCUUCAGAGGUAUACCGGGUGUCUCGAGACACCCUCACCCACCGACUCAUGGUACGGGCCAUUGACCACCGGUUUCUGGUUCAUGGACAAAGCUAUCUUUGUACAUGAAUAGAGUAAGAUGAUCGCUGGCCCGGCCUCCUACAUACCUACACAUACCUGUUUUACGAUUUUUGGAUGGAUCAGUGGUGGAGAUGGAGUACUGCAGCACGGACGGCUGAGGGAGUCUCGUGGCGUGUAUAGAUAGGGUGCCCCCCCCCCUCAAUCCCACCGG